AUGGCCUUGGACCCGGCAACGACACGGGUAGCGUACAAUACCCGUGCCCUGGCCACUUUCAUGCAGAGGUCUCCAGAAAACCGAAGCCUUGUUUCAGUCACAGCGACACUUGAUCUGGGUUCGGACAUCAUGCUCAGCUCGUGGGCUAAAGAGAAACUCCAUCACCUCGAUUUUGAUCUGGGUCUAGGCAAGCCCGACGCUGUGCGUAGACCGGCAUUUGAUCCCGUCGAGAGUCUGCUAUAUCUGUUGCCUCGAGCUUUGGAUGGGGAGAUCGCGGCUGCAAUUUGUUUGAGAGACGAAGAUAUGGAGAGGUUGAAAGCAGACAAGCAAUUCAAGGAAUAUGCCAGGUAUAUCGGAUGA